GGUUUGCACGCAGCAGCCCGACACUUUAUUUCAUCACUUUUGACAGAUAAUCAACUUUAACCGCGCGUUUAACAGUCUGUCGUAUCAUGUGAUGGCCCGUGAAUAACUUUCUUCGACGGUUUAAGAGAUUUUAAUAGAAAAAUGUUUAAAUUGCGGCUCGUAAUCCUGCUCGCCGGCACAUUGUUGUAUCUCCUCGGUGUAUCGGGGCAGCCUUUUCCCGUCGAGAAAAUCGCUGUUGGAGCGAUAUUCGACCAGAACACCGAAGAGAUCCAGAAUGUAUUCAAGUACGCGAUGACGGUUCACAACCAGAACAUAAGCAGCCGGCGAUUGGAGCUGCAAGCGUAUGUUGACGUCAUCAAUACCGCUGAUGCUUUUAAACUCUCGCGGUUGAUCUGCACCCAGUUUGCCCGGGGCGUGUUCGCAAUGCUUGGAGCUGUGAACCCGGAAUCGUUUGAUACCCUACACUCCUACACUAAUACCUUCCAAAUGCCCUUUGUUACGCCGUGGUUCCCGGAAAAGGUUAUCCCACCGUCUUCUGGUCUAAUAGACCACGCAAUCAGCAUGAGACCAGACUACCACCGGGCUAUCUUCGACGUCAUCACGCAUUAUGGGUGGAAGGAAAUUAUCUAUAUGUAUGAUUCGCAUGAUGGACUCUUGCGGUUACAGCAGCUAUACCAAACAAUGCAACCAGGCCGCACCACAUUCAAGAUAUCUUUGGUGAAACGGAUCAACUCCCCCGCGGAAGCCAUGGAAUUCCUCAUGGCGGUGGAGGAACAUGACCGGUGGAGCAGCAAGCGUAUAGUCCUGGACUGUAAUGCGAAAAACGCUAAGAGUGUGCUCGUAGAACAUGUGAGGAAGGUGGAACUGGGGAGGAGGACUUACCACUAUCUGCUCAGUGGACUGGUUAUGGACGAUCAAUGGGAAAACGAGGUUACGGAAUAUGGAGCGGUCAAUAUUACCGGGUUCCGCAUAGUGGACCAUUCGAGGAAGGUGGUGCGCGACUUCAUAGAGGGGCUGCGGAGGAUGGACCCGCGCUUCAAGGGGACUAUUUCGGCGCAAACAGCUCUAAUGUACGACGGAGUCCAAGUCCUGAUGGAUGCUCUCGGAAGGCUUUGGAGGAAGAAGCCAGAUGCGUUCAGGGCUGCACUACGAAGGGCUGCCGCGCUUGCAAAUACGACUAAAGUGAUCGAUUGCAACCCUGGUAAGGGCUGGGUGGUGCCCUUUGAACAUGGGGAUAAAAUAUCGAGGCUGAUUAAAAAGACGGAUAUCGAGGGUCUAACGGGGAAUAUUUCGUUCAACGAGGAGGGACACCGGUGUAAUUUCACCCUGCAAGUUGUUGAAAUGACUGUGCAGAGUGCGAUGGUUAAGGUUGCGACGUGGUCUGACAAACAAGGUUUGCAUCUCCUGUCACCCAAAUACGUUCGUCUAUACACGCCAACAACAUUCGAGACAAACAGAACAUUUAUAAUCACGACAAUGCUGCAAGAGCCAUACUUGAUGAUAAAACCGAAGGAAUAUGGGCAGAGAGAGGAACAGUACCACGGCUUUUUGAAGGACUUGGCCGAUUUCCUUGCGAAGAGACUGGGGAUAAAAUAUGAAAUACGGAUCGUCAAAGAUGGACAAUUUGGAAGCGAAACAGUUGACGGUUGGUCCGGCUUAGUGGGUGAAGUUCUAAAGAAGGAAGCAGACUUGGCCUUAGCACCAUUAGCCAUAACAUCUGUAAGGGAGCGAGUGGUGGAUUUCACUGAACCAUUCCUGUCUGUAGAAAAUCCGAUUAUACAAACAAAGGCCCCUAAGCAGCUCUCCGAUACAUUCAGCUUUUUACGGCCUUUGUCUAAGGAAAUAUGGCUCUGUGUGCUAUUCAGCUUCUUCGCAGUGAGCAUAGUUCUGUUCUUGGUGUCAAGAUUUUCACCGCACGAGUGGAAAUCGGUAUCUAUAUCUGAUACACAAUUGGAUCAUCCCGUAAGCAGUACUAAUGAGAUUAUCUUGCACAAUGAAUUUAGCAUUUGGAAUUCGUUUUGGUUCUCUCUGGGAUCAUUUAUGCAACAAGGCAGUGACGUUGUACCGAGAUCUCUCUCCGGAAGAAUAGUGGGCACUGUCUGGUGGUUCUUUGCCCUCAUCCUUGUGUGUUCGUACACAGCGAACCUCGCCGCAUAUCUCAUUAUCGAACGUAUCUCGGAGCCAGCCCAAUUUCUCACCUACAGCUCGAAGAUCAAUUUCGAAAGUCAGUUCCUACCAAACAACGACCUAGUGAAGGACCCGGAGGUGGCCAACGAUCCCCCAUACACGAUUGACAGCCGUUACGAGAGGUCCUGUCUAACACCGCCCAUCUGCAGAUACAAGCACGUUGACUUCGGAAUUGCUCUGCCCAGGGGAUCUAAUAUGAAAGAAUCACUGAAUCUUGUCAUUGUGGAUCUGAAGAAGGAUGGAAUAAUUACAAGACUCUGGCGGAAGUGGAUGCUGUAUAUUAACAAGCCGCAGUGCGAAAAUAACAAAGAAAAGGAAUCAGAAAUAUCCGAAAUGUCGCUGAGCCAAGUUGCUGGAAUAUUCUACGUGCUCGUCGGAGGUUUGGGUCUUGCCCUAGGAGUAGCCCUUCUCGAAUUCUGUCACCACGGACGCAAUGAAGCUGUACGAAGCAACGUGUCUCUAAGCGCUGCACUAAAAGCUAAAGCCAAGAUGUCAUCCCGCUCUGAUCGCAAGACGCCUCAACGUUCCCGCGACCAAGACAGACUUGGAUGGAACGGAGCCGCGUUCGCUGGAUACUUCCCUGCUGGUAACCAGAUCUCGCAGGAGGAUGCUGUGCACGCGAGCUUCACGCACGUCUGAUCCGAGAAGUGCGGCGUCAACAACCGCCGCCAGUCGCCGGCUAAGCAGCCGAAUAAUGUUGACCUCUUCCAGCUCUAAAUUCUAUUGUUCUAACUGUCCAAUUGAUAUAGCAUCAUUGUAUCCGUGAUGUGCAAUUGUUAUGUUUAUUUCGUUUAUAUAGUAAGAGGUGUUUUUUGUAUUGAUCAGAGUUACAUCUACAAUUAUUUUAUCUUUAAUUGUUAUUAUUGCCCAUGUGUUUGUACACAUGGGCAAUGGUUUCAUAAUUAAUUUCCACUAUUGUGAGCUGUGAACACUAUAUUUGUUUUUUAUGUUAAAUUUUUUAUGUUUUAUUUCAUACGCUAAAUCAAAAACAUUUUUAUUCAUUUUGACUUAAAAUAUUUAUGCUAACUAUAUUUCAAAAUCCCAUUAAUAUUACAGCAAGGCAAUUAAAUAAAAAAGUAAAAACAUGUUUACAAUAAAAAUAAAAUGAUAAAAACUAAUGUUAUACAAACAGUUUUUGCGCUCGUAUAUUUAAACUUUCUGCAAAAGCUACCUACAAUUUUGUUCUAUCUGAAAAAUUAUACUAAAUAAUACAGCCACUGCCAUUACAAACUACUCAUACAGAAACCAAACUCAACUAAAAUUCUACUUCACACAAAUAUCAUUAGUUAUAAUGUCCAUUAUAACUCUAUACUUGGUAGUGUUUCUCAUUAAGUUAGUUUAAAUUAAAACAUAUCCUUUGCAAUUUUAGAGAAUUGAGGAUGUAAGUAAGGUGCGAACAACCGGGAAAAUAUUUAAUAUUUAAGGGCUCAUUUCUUAAAAUAACAGAGAAUAAUAAGACGAAGAAAAUAGUUCGAAACGACUUGAAUGUGUAUUUCUAAAAAAUCAUACAAACAGACGUUCUAUGGGUGUACUAAUUAGUAAUUACACAUACACAUUUACACACAUCAUUUUAGUCUCGGUAAAAAGAGCCUCAAAGUUAACAUCAUGAAUUAUGAAAAUGUUGUCUUAGUGAAGACAGCACUGUUACAAUUUCGCUACGCUCUAUGGCAUAGAGUCUAUGCAAUCGUAGUAUAUUAUACUAUUCAUCUUUCAAAUUUAAUGUUAAUGUUAAUCUAAUUAUGUUAUAGAAUACGUAUCAGUAUAUAAUCGUUCAUUAGAAUAAUUCAGCAGAGCGUCACUCAUGAGUUUUUUCACGAAAUACUCAGGCAAUUCCAAUCAAAGUUAGUUAAAAAUGAACUAGCGGAAAGGCUUAUCUAGUUCAUUAACCAGGACUGAAUUAUAAAAGAUAUCUUACUAUUAAAAAAGGGUUUAGAAAGAUGAUCUGCUACUUGCUCUUCAAGAAAAUCUUUUUACUGGCUAGGAACAGGGGACUCGAGUUCUAGUGACUAAAACUCAUGAUAGACUCUCUUUAUGUAGUAAUCAUGUUUGUAUUUUAAAGCAUUUAAUCUAUACGUAGCGUAAGUUUUAGAUCAUUUACGAUAUAUCCUUUUACGGGUUACGAUCUCAAUAUAAUAUUUAGGUACUAUUAUUAGUCAAAGAUUUCGAAGAAGCCAAUUUUGCAAUAAGUAUUCUAGAAUAAUUAUGUUUUGCGGCAAAACGUAGUUAUUUUAAGCUUCUUGUUAAACAUCAUUGAUUGUUUUGUACCUGACUUUAUGCAUUUAACUUAAAUAGUUUUAUCUUUAAAUCUGUUACUAAAGCACAAACUUAGUUUAUAUUGUUAAACAUAAUUUAUUUCCUCGUUAUUUAUCUGUUAUGUUGUGUUUUAUUCUUCACAAUGUUUAUUAGAAAAUCAAUCUUAAAUACUUAAUAUAAGGUAUAUUAUUUGAAUUCCAUUAAUAUAGUCAAAGUAUAAUUAUCAUUAGUUAUAGUUAGGAUUAUGAUGUUCAUUCCAUACGUAGUCAGUCAACUGUUUUAUUUUUCUAGAUUUUUCUGCUACAUUUUAAUAAUAUUGAACUGGUAGUGGAUUAUUGACUUUUAAACAAUAUUAAAUUUUUGUCUGUAAUGUGCUCAUGCAUGAUAUUAUGAUUAAUGUAUUGAAACAAGUUCAGUGGGUAUUCAUUUCCUUUAUGCCAAUUUUGUUAAUGUUCAAAUAUAUCCUGAAGUAAGAUGAGUAUCUGAAGUUAUUUUAGUAUAAAUUUUGAAAAACGCUACAUACACCCCAUGAUUUAAUAAUUACACAGAGAAUGCAAUAAUAUUCGCAAUAUUUUGUAUUUAGUACUAAAUGACUGAAUUCAAUCAAAUUGACUGACGAUAAAAGCAAAUACCUAUUUAAACCCAUUAGGUAUGUUUAAACCUUUAUAAGAAAUACCAGCAACACUGUUAAUAACUACGUAACAAAUUGAAUGCAAAAGAAACCAUAAAAAUACAUUCAUAUUAUUAUUUUACACACUUUAUUAUUUUACCGUCGAAAAACUACUCCGCAAUGCCAAUCAUAAAAUAAUAUCGAUACCCACUGAACAAUCUGUGCCAAUUUUAUUCAAGUAAGCUAAGAUUCAUUCUUCGUAAUAUUUCA